UGAUAAUUAGACACUAUGGGGACUUUAAUGAUUGUCUUAUGCGUAAUACCGUCUAUGGUUACAUCAAUUACUGUGUCAUCAAAUGGAAACAGUCCGGAAGUCAAAAUGUUUGGCGGAAUGAUGGUUGACAUGCAAAAAGGCUUUGUACCAAUGACGCCUCGCUCAGAAAUGACCCCAGCGGCAACCACUAAUUACGCUAAAAGUAGAAAAAUCAAUCAAAUUAAUUCUACAAAGCUUUCCAUAAACGAGAGGUACAGGAGAUUGAUACCUUACAUGACUUUCUACUAUGCUAAUGAUUUAGUCACACCUACCCCAGAAACAUACAAAAACGUUGAAGUCGAAAAAGCGCAGAUAAUUGAAGGCAAUACCGUUGGUCAAUUGCCGGAUCGUGAGCCUAAGAAAAUAGUUUAUUCAACCUAUAGAAACAUACCUAGAUACCAAGGCAACAGGCUCACCCAUUACAAUAUAGCGUCAGCAAAUCCGACUAAAAUUUACAAGGAAGUAACUUACAACCAGGCACCGAAAGUAUCAAAUUACAAUCCAUUUAUAUCUGAGCAUAGUCAUUUAGAAAAUCAGGACUAUGGAAGAUUAACUCAGAAACCCAACUUCAAACCUAUAAAUAUUCCUGUCGUAGCCACCACUCACAAGCCAUAUUUAAAUCUACAGCAAAAUGACGAUCCCGUUAACAUACAGUAUUAUUUUUCGGAAAAAGACCACGCGCCUAAGUACAAAUUAGUGCCUUACGACCAAACUCCUCCAGUAAAAGUAUUACCGCAAAAUGAUCAGGUUUAUGACGCUCCUAAAAGACCAAUAGCAGUGCCUGUGAUGGUAUCCAAGGAACCAGUUUAUAUAAAGCCUAGACCGAGACCGCAAUAUGUGUAUGAAGAUGAAGUCCAGCAGCAGAUCGCGAGGAAACAACCAUCGAUAGUCUCGGAGAAUUAUUACGAAAAGCGACCUAGCAUCGAUAUAUCAAAGCCCGAUAUCCUUGGCGGGUUUAAACCUAUUGUCAGUUACACUCAGACUACGCAAGCUCCAGCUUAUACGACUUUGCCUGAACAACCACUGCCCCAUUUUGAAAGUCAGAAACAGCAUCCAGUUCAAGUAAUUGAAACGACAUCCGUUCCUGAAGUUAACGAUUACAGGCCUAACUACUACGAAUAUAUAGUUGAACAACCCACUUACAAACCUGUACAUGUUAGCCCUGCUAUUCCAGCAAGCACAAUGACGAUAGGAGAUCUGUUGAACUCAUUGCAAUUGAAUAAAUCUAUUCCCAAACCUAUAACAAGAGAAAAUGUCGCAUCAUCAAUAAGGACGUUACUGCAAGUGCUUAACGCAUUAAAAGCGAUGCCACAGCAGAAUGAAGUAGAAGUGCCCGUAUUAAGUACACCGAAGCCAUUCGUUGCACCUGCGGCAAUUGAAGUGACAGUGAAACCAGUGAUAAAAGUUACUCCAGCUCCCGAGGCAAGUGUAGAGGACCUCCAUGAAGAGCAAUAUCUAGCGCCUGUUAACCAGCCCUCGCAACAUAUCGAUAGUGACGAUUAUCGGGGAGAGGUGACGAGUUCCCAGUCGUUCCCGCUACGACCGCAUUCGGACGACGAGGGCGGUACGCCAGGCCGGCCGGGAGUGGACUACCCCGUGCUAACCGUCAUCCCCGCCACCGCCUUCAACUGUAAGACGCAGCGCUACAAGGGCUUCUUCGCGGACCCGGAGACUCGCUGCCAGGUGUGGCAUUAUUGCGACCUGAACGGCGGGCAGGCGUCGUUCCUGUGCCCCAAUGGCACAAUCUUCUCUCAAGCCGCGCUCACGUGCGACUGGUGGUUCAACGUGCGCUGCGCGUCUACGACGCAGCUCUACGUGCUCAACGAGAGCCUCUACAAGUACAUCCUGCCGCACUCGCCCAAGUUCCCCGAGGACUACAGCGGGCCCCUAGUCGACAAAUACCUUACACUGAAGUUUAAAGAAAUGGAAGAGCAGUUCAAGAAAAACAAAAACAAGAGUACAGCAUCCGAGAAAAUCGAUUCCGACGAGAACGUGUCCACCGAGGAAUCGAGCGAGAAAAGUUCAGGCGAGAGCGAGGAGCAAACAGAUAAGAGUGAAGUUAGCGAGCCAAGCGUCAUCGUGGUCUCGCCGGGCAGCAGCGGCAAUGUACAGAGGCUAGAGGAAUAGUUAGUGCUAUAAAACAGUAACCGACUCACUAAAUUUUGCAGCAUUUUUAUCCAAGGUCCGCGGGAACAAUGACCUUGCGCCGAAUAUUAAUAGACGCGAUAGGGUAGGCUAGGCGUCAUAGACUGUGAUAGAGCUAGACUCAUCAGUUUUACUAAUAUCUAUACAUGUAUUGCGUAAAUAAUUUUAGCAUUGUAGUCAAAUAUGCUUGAAGGUCAAUAAUUAGACAUUAUGAUUUGCCAUUUGACUAAGUUAAUAUUUAUAUUUGAAUAAGUUUGCUGCGGGACAAUAAUUUAAGGAAUUAAACUUGCCAUAUUUUGCCAUGUUUAAUUCGGAUAUUCAGAGCUAAAUGUCACUAGGAUUUUGACUGCGUAUGUGUUGUGCGUGUAUGUGAAUGACGAGUUAUGUUAUGUGGUAAUUUUUGUAUUUAAUUGUAUUUUAUUUAGUUAAUGAUUAUAAUUAGCGCUCUAUAUUACACCUGCCCUUGUUAAUAAAAUAAGAAGAAAUCUUAAUAAUUGUGAUUAAGGUACCUGUCUACAUAAUAAUGCCGAGAGGGGCAGAGAACUCCUAAGCUAUUAUUUAGCGCUCCUAAGAUAUUUUACUUUAUAUUUUGUGCAAUAAAUUGUGUUAUAAAA